AUGACCAUCGGUAUGUCGGACCGCAAUAUGGAAUAUUACGUUCUAAACUUAUCUGAAUUUAGUGAAUUUCAUGAAAUGGAAAAUUCGACUAAAUUGGAAUUCCACAAUUUGAGUGUCGUUGUUUCAUCUUGUGAGGUUACUAGUGACAUUCUGUAUAACUCGAGUGUCGGACUUAUUAUAGCAGUACCGGAAUGGGAAGCAGUAACUACAAUAAUAGUUCUAACUCUUGUCAUAUUGGGGACGAUUUUUGGAAAUAUCCUAGUUAUACUUGGUGUGUUCACGUACAAACCCUUGCGGAUAGUACAAAACUUUUUUAUAGUGUCCUUAGCAGUUGCAGAUUUAGCCGUGGCCAUUUUAGUGUUACCACUCAAUGUUGCAUAUUCGACUUUAGGUCGGUGGUACUGGGGAAAACAUUUGUGCAAAAUGUGGCUCACUUGUGACAUAAUGAGCUGCACGUCGUCGAUAUUGAAUCUCUGUGCCAUAGCUCUAGACAGGUAUUAUGCGAUCACGGAUCCUAUUAACUACGCCAACAAGCGAACGUUAAAAAGGGUAAUUGUCCAAAUAGCUGGAGUAUGGAUAUUAUCGUUGAUUAUAAGUUCACCGCCUUUAUUGGGUUGGAAUGAUUGGCCAGACGAGUUUACAUCAGAUACACCUUGUCAACUCACGUCUGAACCUGGAUAUGUAGUAUAUUCUUCACUCGGAUCGUUUUUUAUUCCUCUGAUAAUAAUGACAAUAGUGUACAUAAAAAUAUACAUGGCAGCAAAACAAAGACUAAGGCGCCGCACGUUGGCUGCUAGAAUCCAAAAACCAGAGAUGAAUGUAGCGAACGCAGAAGAUAGUCAGGAUAAAGAAGACACAGAUAAUGAUUCGGACAGUGGUGAAAGCAUCAAAAGGCAAAGGCGGGCGUUUAUAGAUAUUAAGAAGAAUUUUUUUGUGCCGUUGCUUCUAAUGCAUGACCCUAUGUCUCGUCAAAGGAUUGAGUCGAAUAUUCAGCAGCUACAGUCAGAAGUGUCACCAGGGAAGGAUACUAGUUAUACAACUAAAGUGGUGGGAUCGAUAAAAAAGUUAAGUCAUAGAAGAAAGAAGCAUGAGAAGCCUCUGUUGGCGAAUGUUGGCAAGAGUGGUGACGUUGUGCAUCAGUUUAUUGAACAGAAACAAAAAAUAUCACUGUCGAAAGAGCGACGCGCGGCGCGUACUCUUGGUAUCAUAAUGGGAGUUUUCGUUAUAUGCUGGUUACCAUUUUUCUUGAUGUAUGUAAUUUUACCAUUUUGCCCCUUAUGUUGUCCUAGUAACAGAUUAAUUAAUUUCAUUACAUGGUUGGGAUAUUUGAAUUCAACAGUCAAUCCGAUCAUCUACACAAUAUUUAAUUUAGAUUUUAGAAAAGCCUUCAAAAAAUUAUUAGGUUUGAGUGGAUAA